AUGCCUAGCCGAACACUCCCUACGAUUACGCACGCAGAGGUGCAGGCGCACAAUACCAAGAAAUCAUGCUAUGUGACCAUUGGAGAACGCGUGUUCGAUGUAACAGACUUCAUCGACGAUCAUCCAGGAGGUGGUGAUUUGAUCCUCCAGUACGCCGGCAAGGAUGUCAAGCAGAUUAUGGAGGAUGAGGCUUCCCACUUCCACUCCGAAGCCGCAUACGAGAUUCUGGAAGAGAGCCUGAUUGGGUUCACACCCACUGAUGCGGUGCUCAAGGCCGCCGUCAACUCAUCCCACCCUGACCAAGUCGUGCCACUACCCGCGACAGCCGAAGGCAAUAAACAAUUGAAGGCCGCAGGCGUACAGACAGAUGAACUGCCCUCAAGACAGAUUUAUUCAUCGACAGGCCUGUCUUCGGCCGAGGAUCUCUCGAAAGACACGGACUUGGAGUUGGACUGGAAAGAACACAAGUUCCUCGAUCUCAACCGGCCCCUGUUUUCGCAGCUCCUAUUCAGCAAUUUCUCCAAGGAGUUCUACCUAGAGCAGGUGCACCGGCCUAGGCAUUAUCGCGGAGGCGAUUCUGCACCAAUUUUCGGCAACUUCAUGGAACCGUUAAGCAAGACUUCCUGGUACAUUGUACCAAUCCUGUGGCUCCCACCUGUACUCUACGGCUCGUACCUGGGAAUCUCUCAUCUCCCUGGAGUGCAGGGCCCGGCAUACUGGUGUCUCGGCCUUUUCCUGUGGACGCUGGUGGAGUACAUCCUGCACCGCUUCCUCUUCCACAUCGACAAAUAUCUGCCUGAUCACCCGGUGUUCCUGACGCUACACUUCCUCCUUCACGGGGUCCACCACUAUCUUCCCAUGGACAAGUACCGGCUUGUCAUGCCACCCUCGAUGUUCCUCAUUCUCGCCACUCCCUUCUACCGUCUCGCACACGCCGUGUUUUGGUACAACUGGUACGCCGCCGUGACGGUCUUUUCCGGCGGCAUCUUCGGCUACGUCUGCUACGACUGCACUCACUACUGGCUGCACCACCGUCAACUGCCUAGCUACGUGCGAGAAUUGAAGAAGUACCAUCUAGCCCACCACUACCAGAACUUCGAGCUUGGGUUCGGUGUCACCUCAAAAUUCUGGGAUUAUAUCUGGGGCACACAGCUGGAGUAUGUCAAGCCAAUCAAGUCCUCAUAA